CCAAAGUGGCAACAUUUGCAGCCUGGAGAUCACACAGUCUGGGAGCUCAAACAUUUAGGCAAUAAAAGCUGAUGGAAGCCAAAAAGCCGCGCCACUGGCAUCUGGUGUCAGGGUAGCUGCUGGGGGAGAUCUGGCCAUGGUAGUGGGGCCCAGCCAUAUAAACAAGUUCAGAGGUAGAACUGGAGCUGUGUACUGGGUUGAAGCAUGUCUCUCCUAAAUUCAUGUUUUCUCUAGAACCUUAGACUAUGACCUUAUUUGGAAAUAGGGUCUUUGCGAUGUCAUGCAUUGCUUAACAUUGUGGUUACAUUCUGAGUAAUGUGUUGUUAGGUGAUUUCAUCGUUGUCCAAACAUCAUAGAGUGUACUCACACAAACCUAGAUGGUACAGUCUCCUACACACCUAGACCAUAUACUAUAUCCUAUUGUUCCUAGGCUGCAAACCUCUACAGCCUGUUACUGUACUGACGACUGUAGGCAAUUGGGGUACAAUAAUCUAAUGAGACUAUAAUCAUAUAUUUAGUGUGCCAUUGACCGAAAUGUCAUUAUGAUGCAUGACUGUAGUUAAGAUGAGGUCAUACUGGAUUAGGUAGGUUCUAAAUCCAAUGUGACUAGUGUCCUCAUAAGAGGAGAGAAACAGACACAAACACAGGGAAACACCGGGAUGAUGGCCAUCUGAAGACAGAGGCAAACAUUGGAGUGAUGCAAUGACAAGCCAAGGAAUGCCAAGGACUGCAAACCAUUGCCAGAAGCUAGGAACACUCAAGACAUUUGUGUACUCACUGCUCAAUCGAGGGAGGCCUUAUCCAGCUAUACUCAUUCUCAGAGGCAUUGCCUUCUGCACUGGAAAUGGAGUCCUUCAAGGCUACUAUCUGAUUUACUGUGCUGAAUACCCUGAUGGGUGGUACACAGACAUACGGUUUAGCUUGGCAUGUUUACCUGUGGUCCUCUUAUUCAUCACUUCAUGGUUGCAAGAUGUUGACUGUAGCUCAAGGCAUUACAUCUGGCAAUCAAGACAGGAAGAAAGACGAAGUGUCUUCUUAUUUAUUUUGGGAAUGGGAAUAAACAUUCAUAGUGACUAUAUAUUGCGCCAGCUCAGGAAGCCUGGAGAAAUCAGCUACAGGAUUCCACAAGGUGGCUUGUUUACGUAUGUUUCUGGAGCCAAUUUCCUCGGUGAGAUCAUUGAAUGGAUCGGCUAUGCCCUGGCCACUUGGUCCCUCCCAGCACUUGCAUUUGCAUUUUUCUCACUUUGUUUCCUUGGGCUGCGAGCUUUUCACCACCAUAGGUUCUACCUCAAGAUGUUUGAGGACUACCCCAAAUCUCGGAAAGCCCUUAUUCCAUUCAUCUUUUAAAGAAACCAAAUUAAAAAGGAGCAGAGCUCCUACAAUGCUGAUGAAAACUGUCAAGCUGCUGAAACUGUAAUUUUCAUGAUAUAAUAGUCCUUCAUAUAUAUAUAUAUAUAUAUAUAUAUAUAUGUAUAUAUAUAUGUAUAUAUAUAAUAGUAGGUCUCCUGGCAUUCUGCCAGCUGGCCUGGGGAUUCUGAGUGGUGUCUGCUUAGAGUUUACUCCUACCCUUCCAGGGACCCCUAUCCUGAUCCCCAACUGAAGCUUCAAAAAGCCACUUUUCCAAAUGGCGACAGUUGCUUCUUAGCUAUUGCUCUGAGAAAGUACAAACUUCUCCUGUGUCUUUCACCGGGCAAUCCAAGUACAUGUGGCUUCAUACCCACUCCCUGUCAAUGCAGGACGACUCUGUAAUCAAGAAUUUUUUGACUUGAAGGCAGUGCUUAUAGACCUUAUUAAAGGUAUGCAUUUUAUACAUGUAACAGAGUAGCAGAAAUUUAAACUCUGAAGCCACAAAGACCCAGAGCAAACCCACUCCCAAAUGAAAACCCCAGUCAUGGCUUCCUUUUUUCUUGGUUAAUUAGGAAAGAUGAGAAAUUAUUAGGUAGACCUUGAAUACAGGAGCCCUCUCCUCAUAGUGCUGAAAAGAUACUGAUGCAUUGACCUCAUUUCAAAUUUGUGCAGUGUCUUAGUUGAUGAGUGCCUCUGUUUUCCAGAAGAUUUCACAAUCCCUGGAAAACUGGUAUGGCUAUUCUUGAAGGCCAGGUUUUAAUAACCACAAACAAAAAGGCAUGACCCUGGAUGGCUACUGAGAGAGUAGAGAACAACAUGACCCUGGAUGGCUACUAAGAGGAUAGAGAACAGUUUUACAAUAGACAUUGCAAACUCUCAUGUUUUUGGAAACUAGUGGCAAUAUCCAAAUAAUGAGUAGUGUAAAACAAAGAGAACUAAUGAUGAGGUUACAUGCUGCUUGCCUCCACCAGAUGUCCACAACAAUAUGAAGUACAGCAGAAGCCCCAAGCAACUUUCCUUUCCUGGAGCUUCUUCCUUGUAGUUCUCAGGACCUGUUCAAGAAGGUAUCUCCUAGGGGCAGCUUGAAUGCCUCCCUCAAACGACCUGCAGGCAGAGACUGAAAAUUGCAGACAGAGGGGCACAUCUGGGCAGAAAACCUGUUUUGUUUGGCUCAGACAUAUAGUUUUUUUUUUUUUUACAAAGUUUCAAAAACUUAAAAAUCAGGAGAUUCCUUCAUAAAACUCUGGCAUUCUAGUUUCAUUUAAAAAGUUGGAGGAUCUGAGCAUACAGAGCCCACAUUUCCACACCAGAACUGGAACUACGUAGCUAGUAAGCAUUUGAGUUUGCAAACUCUUGUGAAGCGGUCACCCCAGCAUGAGUGCUGAGAUAUGGACUCUCUAAGGAAGGGGCCGAACGCUUGUAAUUGGAAUACAUGGAAAUAUUUGUCUUCUCAGGCCUAUGUUUGCGGAAUGCAUUGUCAAUAUUUAGCAAACUGUUUUGAGAAAUGAGCACCAGUGGUACUAAGUACAGAAACUCACUAUAUAAGUCACAUAGGAAACUUGAAAGGUCUGAGGAUGAUGUAGAUUACUGAAAAAUACAAAUUGCAAUCAUAUAAAUAAGUGUUUUUGUUGUUCAUUAAAUACCUUUAAAUCAUGGA